GCCAAUUCCUCCUUUUCCUUUAAGUUCACCAGACCAAUCCAGCUGGUCUUUCCGCCCUUUCAGUUGCUCGCCUGCCCGGCCUGCCCGGCCUGCCCAGACCGUGACGCAUGAUGUGAACGCUUUUCUCUUUAUCGUGGUUGGCUCAAUGGCGGGAUAUUUGGGUGAGGCGGACGCGGCCCCCUGCCCGGCUAGUGCAUUCCAGUCCCUAGGGGUACUAAAUUGUGCAUAGGUAAUACCCAAGGUCACAAACCCGGUCCAGGCCCAUCCUAAUUCACUGCAGGUGCAGAGUCCGGGCUCCAUUUUAUUUUAACUUCUGCUGCCCACGGAACUCCAUUUCAUUGUUGCCAUUGUCGACCUCUCUCUUCGCACGCUCCCCCAGUCACAACUCUCUUCUUUUUUCUCUUUUCUGUUUUUUUUCUCUUUCUCUCUCUCCUUCUUGACAGUAAAAACCACAUCUCAUCGAGCCUUUCCACCCUCAAUGCAUAUCGAGAAGACCGUCGACGACAAUUCCACUUCCUUCUUCAAGUACCAGAUGCGUGCGAUUCCAAGCCAUCAAGGACCCAGUUUGACCACCGAACACCGCGCAGACGCUCAGCGACGCAGAGGCGAGCCUUGAAUACGAAGGCCGACAGAGGCUUUGAGGGAUCGUAUCUGUCAAGCUAUAACGAGAGCUAUCUGGUCCACCGAUUAUAGUCCAUUAUACCGACACGACACCAUCCUACUGCUAGCCCAUCAACGACUACGACCAAGAUGUUCAGAUCUCCAGCAACUCCCGCACUCAAGACAGUUCGUGGCUUCCACAGCACCCCGGCUGCAUCCGGCGAUGAGGAUUCCGACUGCUGUCUCUCGCCCGACCCUCGCAAGGGAUUGGCAACCAAGAGCAGCAGAAGUACGCUCAUGGUGGACGAUGUUGUCAGUGCCAAUUGCAGCCCGUCUUUGAGGCCCGUUGUCUCGCCUGCCAUGAGCGGAAUCAGCAUGCUACGGAUGCACCAGGAUAUUCAGGCCCUCAGCCUCGACACUGCUGCCUCUUCACGUGCUAGUUCCAUGACGUCGAAGCUUGGUCGCCGUGUUCUUUCUGGCGGCCCGGCCCGCCAAACCGGCUACAAGCGCAGCAACAGCAGCGGCACCAGUUCUGGGGAUGAGACAGCAUCCGUGGCCACCGAGAGCUACGAAAUCAACUUGGAGCACGAUUUUGCCGUCGAUGGGAACCUCAGCACUACAAUUGGUUCUACCGAAGCCGUGGAAAUUGGCUCUGACGGUGGCGUUGCCCGCUCGCAGAAGAUGACCGCGGAUGACUUUGAGCCCCUACGAUGUCUGGGCAAGGGAACGUAUGGUACCGUUCUACUGGUAAAGCAACGUACCACUGGCCGUCUCUUUGCGCAGAAGCAGUUCAAGAAAGCAUCUCUCGUGGUGCACAAGAAGCUGGUUGAGCAGACCAAGACGGAACGCCAGAUUCUGGAAAGCGUCAAUCGCCACCCUUUUGUGGUUAAGCUCUUCUACGCCUUUCAGGAUCAGGAAAAGUUGUAUCUCAUUCUUGAAUACGGCCAAGGCGGUGAGCUCUUCACCCACCUGAACACCGAAAAGAUGUUUUCGGAGUCGACGGCAGCCUUUUACAUGGCGGAGAUGGUUCUUGCCCUGUCCCAUCUUCAUACCACCCUGGGCGUCGUCUAUCGAGACCUCAAGCCCGAGAACUGCCUCCUCGACUCCGAAGGCCACCUUCUUUUGACCGACUUUGGCCUUUCCAAGGUGGCGAUUGAAUCUGAGGAGUGCAAUUCGAUGCUUGGUACCGUGGAAUACAUGGCUCCCGAGGUUAUCCAGGGCAAGAAAUACGGCCGCUCGGUUGAUUGGUGGUCUCUCGGUGCCCUUGGCUUCGACCUGAUGACGGGCAAUCCUCCGUUCCGUGGAGGGAACAAUGCCAAGAUCCAGGAGAAUAUUGUCAAGCAGAAGCUCAUCAUGCCCUACUUCCUGACUGCGGAGGCCAAGGACCUGCUGACGCGGUUGCUGCGCAAGGAUCCAGCCAAGCGCUUAGGCUCAAACAUGCCCAAGGAUUUAGACACCAUCAAGAAGCACCGGUUCUUCCGCAAGAUCGACUGGAAGAAGCUUGCGGCUCGUGAACUCGAGCCUCCUAUCCAGCCCAUGAUUACGGAUCCAGAGCUUGCGGAGAACUUUGCGCCCGAGUUCACAGAGCUGAGCCUCAGUCCAGUUGUCAGUCGCUUGGAGGAGCGAUAUGCGGCCGCCGCUGCCAAGGAUGAUCUCUUUGGAGGAUUCAGCUUUGUUGCAUCGAACAGCCUCUUGGACGGUGAUGGCUUUGGAAUGCGUGUCGGGACCAAUAUGCUCUAAACCUGGCGGUGAGAGUGAGCCAAGAGGAGGACACUGAAGAUCAUUUUCAUUCUGUUAGUUUGACUGGGUUUGGGGGAGUUAAGGACAAUACAGGAAAAGUGCUAUUCAGCUGGUGCGCCAUGAUUUAUGGCAAAGGCACCAGCGCAGCGUGGAUAAUGAUAAGGGUAACGGAUCACAGCAAUACAGUAGGUACUCUAAAAUCAGUCGGUUCUCAGCUCGUUUCUUUCAUUUCUUGCUUCUUUCGUGUUCGGCGGUUGGAUAUUCCAUUCAGUUAUGGACGAAGACAAAUUAGAUAGCUCAGGCAAUUGACUCGCGCACUUUAUGCUAUUAAACAAAAGAAUGAUCGGCAAAGACAGGAACAUAUUCCAAUGGCAAAUGUUUUUGAAAACCA